GUAAUGUAGUGAUUGUAUGAAUCACUACAUAUACACAGUCUAGACUUCAUAAUGUAUAUGCCCCCUUCUCAGAACCAUCCUUUUCAACCCCCUUCUCAGUACCCUUAUCAUUAAUUUAAUCCAAGCCAUUAAAACCCUUAUUGUUCAUAGUCAAACAAACUCCAAUCAGAGAACAAAGAACUGCCUUCCCCCUUCCCAAUAAUUAAACCCCGUUUAGUCCUAUAUCCAAACCCUUGGAUUAUAAUCUGUGUAGAAGCUUUAAGACAUGUAUAUAUUGAGUGUACACCCAAGGGUUGAGGGAGAUAACUUAAGAUCAUCACAGAGUUAAGAUCUACAUCGUCGUACGUUGUGAUAUGCUUUUCAACUCUACAUAUAUUGCUGAAGAUUGAUGAUUAAUAAAGUUUCUUGAUUGAAAUGUACAUCAAACGUUCCUGCGUGGUCAUUGAUGCUCCCAACUAAGAUAUAAACGAUCCCAACACAACAUGGUGGAGAACCCGGCUUUUACUCGAUAGAGCAAUAGAGGACUGACACUUAUUUACCCUUGAAGUAGGUGUCGAAAGCCUAUAGAGUUGUGUGUAAGAGGACUUGUCAUCUUAACGCAUAUAUGUUCAUCAAUAUCUUCACAAGUUAAUAAUGAAAUAGGAGGAAAGACAGAGAGCUUGUUUGAACCAAUGUUCACGACGGCAAUACAACAGUACAUUUACUCAGCUCACUGGAUGAAGUACAAAAUUUAGGAACCUCCAAGACUAGUUACAAUGAACUAAUCUUCAGCCAAACUACUUCUUAAUGCUGAGAGUUACGGCCAAAAAUAGAUGAAACACCAACGACGGAUGACUGGAAGGAUGACAGAUGAUCAGAAGGACGACAGAUUACCAGAAGGACCUCGACAGCUACGAUGACUGCAACAGACGAAAACCAUAUAUGACACUGCAACUGCACGGCGACACCCUUAACAUCAACGGACGGACCAUUCUCAGAACUGAGGGACUUUGAUGCUUGACUACUUUGUUGGAUGGAUGUGAUUGUUAUUCGGCCAUAUGACUUUUAAUAACUUUUAUGAAACCAGUUUAAUUAUUUCAUUUCGAUAUUCUUCUGCCUUUGCUCCGUUACUUUGGUAAGUGAAACACUUCAUUGUUCCAUCCCAUGAGUGAGAGUGAGAGAUGAUAUUAAGUAUUCCUUAUAUGGUUUAUUUAUUGAUUUCGACAAUUACACGCAAAUGUUAAAUUUAAUUCCUUAUCCUAGAAUUUAAAUUUCGCUAUAUUUGUAUUAAACAGAGUACUAGUAGAUCUCCCCUCUUAAAGUUCUUAAAGUUAUUGAACAGGAAUAAUUUGACCAUUAAUAUGACUACCACAACAUCAACAUCGGAUAUGCCACGACAUACACUACGACAGACGGACUUUCUUCCAUCCCGUUUUUCUGGCGAUCAGCUAGAUAGGGACAACUCGACCGCACAUUGUCUGACUUUUGAUGAUUACCUGGACGCACACAAUAUAGACUCAACUGACCCCAACCAAUUCCAGACUAUACUCCGAUCUUUCCGUCGCACAUUGCAGGGACAGGCUAGGCUAUGGAUAGACGGACUGACUUUUAAUUCAUAUGACGACUUGAAAGACGGGUUUGUAAGGAGGUUUAGCCCAGCUAAGUCUUCAUACAGCCAUGUUAGGGACUUUAACACAAUGACGAUGACUGACGGGGAGAGCGCAGAGGCGUAUCUCCAACGACUUCGACAGACUGCGUCUUACAUCAAUUACGGCGAGGCACAGAUUAAGCACAGAUUGCUUGAUUCUCUGCCUAAUGAAUGCCGUGCAACAAUAUUGAUGUCUGCCUCAGCCUCUGACAUAACUUGUGAUGAAAUAGCAGCUAAGGCGCAGCUAUUUCUUGACUUACGAAAGGACUCGACUCCACAGACAAAAGAACUGACCUUUUCUGCCCAGGCAGAAAUUGAUCUUCUCAGGGAGGAGAUCAAUUCAAUGAAAAUGACCGACACCCCCAGUAACGACAGAGACCGUGGCAGAGCUCCUAACCGACGAUCUCCAACACCACGACGAAACAACCAUAAUAGGAGUAUCGACCGUAGUUUCCCCCAACGACGACAAGACCGAAGUCGUGAUCGGUAUCGUGACUAUCAUCAUGAUACUAGACGCGGUAAGAGCCCAUACCGCAUUAACCGUAACUUUAAUGACCGGCAACCAAGACUGACAUGUGACUAUUGUCGCAUACCAGGACAUGUCUGGCGAGAAUGCCGACGACGACUUAGGGACAUUGAGACACAGCCACGACGUGACUACAAUGGUCAGCGACAAUUCUACAGACAACGGACGGGCUACGGCCAACAGCAACAGGAUUUUUAAGACGGGAAGG